GGCGGGGCUGGCGGCCGGGGCCGGCCCCCCGGCCCCCGCGGAGGAGAGGCACCCCGUGGCCAGCACCCACUACGGGAAGCUGCGGGGGGUGAAGAAGGACCUGAACAACGAGAUCCUGGGGCCGGUGGUUCAGUACCUGGGGGUGCCCUACGCCACCCCAGCCGGUGGGCGAACGCCGCUUCCAGCCCCCCGAGGCCCCCGCCUCCUGGGCCCAGGUCCGCAACGCCACGGCCUUCGCCCCCGUGUGCCCCCAGAACGUCCACGGGAUGCUGCCGGGGAUCAUGCUGCCCGUGUGGUUCACCGACAACCUGGAGGUGGUGGCCGGCUACGUGCUGAACCAGAGCGAGGACUGUCUCUACCUCAACCUCUACGUGCCCAUGGAGGACGGUCCACUCACAAAAAAACGCGACGAACCCAGCGGAAACAGUCCCUCCGGAGACGAAGAUAUCCGGGACAGCGGGAAGAAGCCAGUGAUGCUGUUCCUGCACGGUGGCUCCUACAUGGAGGGGACGGGGAACAUGUUCGAUGCCAGCGUCCUGGCCGCCUAUGGCAACGUCAUCGUCGUCACCAUGAACUACCGUCUAGGGGUGCUGGGAUUCCUGAGCACCGGGGACCAGUCGGCCAAGGGGAACUAUGGGCUUUUGGACCAGAUCCAGGCCCUGCGGUGGCUCAACGAGAACAUCGGGCACUUUGGGGGGGACCCCGAACGCAUCACCAUCUUCGGGUCCGGCGCCGGAGCCUCCUGCGUCAACCUCCUCAUCCUGUCCCACCACUCAGAAGGUCUCUUUCAAAAGGCCAUAGCUCAGAGUGGCACGGCCAUCUCCAGUUGGUCCGUCAACUACCAGCCCCUGAAAUACACCCGCAUGCUGGCCUCCAAGGUGGGCUGUGACCACCUGGACACCAGCGAGACGGUGGAUUGCCUGCGCCGAAAGCCGUACCGGGAGCUGGUCGACCAGGACAUCCAGCCGGCCCGUUACCACAUCGCCUUUGGGCCAGUGGUGGACGGGGACGUGGUGCCGGACGACCCGGAGAUCCUCAUGCAGCAGGGGGAAUUUCUCAACUACGACAUCCUGAUCGGGGUGAACCAGGGCGAGGGGCUGAAAUUCGUGGAGGACUCGAUGGAGAACGAAGACGGGAUUUCGGCCAGCUACUUCGACUUCACCAUCUCCAACUUCGUGGACAACCUCUACGGCUACCCCGAGGGGAAAGACAUCCUGCGGGAGACCAUCAAGUUCAUGUACACGGACUGGGCCGACCGGGACAACGGGGAGAUGCGGCGGAAGACCCUGCUGGCGCUCUUCACCGACCACCAGUGGGUGGCGCCGGCCGUGGCCACGGCCAAGCUCCACGCCGAAUACCAGUCCCCCGUGUACUUCUACACCUUCUACCACCACUGCCAGACCGACACCCGGCCCGAGUGGGCCGACGCCGCCCACGGGGACGAAAUCCCCUAUGUCUUCGGGGUGCCCAUGAUCGGCGCCACCGACCUCUUCCCCUGCAACUUCUCCAAGAACGACAUCAUGCUGAGCGCCGUGGUCAUGACCUACUGGACCAACUUUGCCAAGACGGGGGACCCCAACCAGCCAGUGCCGCAGGACACCAAAUUCAUCCACACCAAGCCGAACCGCUUCGAGGAGGUGGUGUGGACCAAGUUCAACACCAAGGACAAGCAAUACCUCCACAUCGGCCUCAAGCCCCGGGUGCGGGACAACUACCGGGCCAACAAGGUGGCUUUCUGGCUGGAGCUUGUGCCCCACCUCCACCACCUCCACGACCCCGUCUACACCUCCACCACCACCCGCGUCCCGCCCUACGGCACCCGCUGGCCCCCCGGCUCCCGGGCGGGGCCCAGCACCACCCGCCGGCCCUUCCCCACCCUGCCGCCGGACGAGGACGAGGCGGACGACCGCCGGCGCUACGCCCCUUUCCCGGGGGACUCGCGGGACUACUCCACCGAGCUGAGCGUCACCGUGGCCGUGGGGGCCUCCUUGCUCUUCCUCAACAUCCUGGCCUUCGCCGCCCUCUACUACAAGCGGGACAAGCGGCACGAGCUGCGGGCGGGCGUGCUGGGAGGCCGGCGCCCCAGCCCCCAGCGCAACGCGGCCAACGACCUGGUGCACGGAGGCCAGGAGGAGGAGCUCAUGUCCCUGCAGAUCAAACACUCGGAGCACGACGCUCACGACCUGGAGGUGCUGAGACCCCACGAGAUCCUGCGCCCGGCCUGCCCUCCGGACUACACCCUGGCUCUGCGCCGGGCGCCGGACGACGUGCCCCUCAUGACGCCCAACACCAUUACCAUGAUCCCCAGUACCAUUACGGGCAUGCAGGCCCUGCACCCUUUCAACACCUUCCCCACCGGGCACAACAACACCCUGCCCCACCCUCACUCCACCACCCGGGUAUAGUUGCCUCUCCCACCCCAGCCACGGGGAAAUUGCGGCCAAGGGACAGGGCCCUUCCUCUCUGCCCAGCCGCCGACCCCUGACCGCGGGGGGGCGGGAGGGGUGGGGGGGAAAGAAAGGGAGACGAGGCAUCUUUUGUGUGCCGCGCAGUCGGGGCUUUUGGGGUGGGGGGGUUCUUUUAUACAAUAAUUAAGGAAGGGGAUCUGCGGGCCAAGCUCGAAGGAGGAGGUCUCCCACACACGAUGAGAAUCGACUGGUUCCUUUCGGACGGAUGGUGGGGUCUUGGCACUGGAGGGAAACCGACCGUACUUUGCUCAUCGGCGGAGGUGCCCGGCACCCUUCCCAAUGCGGUGUCAGCACUGGGGGGCAAGGGGGCAUUGGAGAGGGACCGUCCAUCCUUCGUUCACCUUGGGGGACAGCAGAGAGGCCCGAUGCCCUUCACGAACAGGGUAGGAGCAUUGGGGAGUGUUGGAAAGAACCACCCGAUCCUUUGCUCCUCUUCGACAGAGGAUAGAGACGUCCAGCGUCCUUCCCGACACGGUCUCGGCACUGGAGAAAAACCGACUGUUAUUAAUUCAUCUUGAAUGGAUGAUGCGGGUGCCAACACCCUUCCUCAUCUGGCAACAGCACGGGAGGGUGUUGGAGAGGUGCCGUCUGUCCUUGGUUCCUCUUGGAUGGAUAGCGGAGACCCCCAAUGUCCUUUCCAACGCAGUAUCAGCAACGGAAGGUGUUGGAGCGGAAAGCGACCAUCUUUCACUCAUCUUGGGCGGAUGGUGGAGACGCACCCAACACUCUUCCCAACGUUGUAUCAGCUCUGAAAGGUGUCGGAGGAAAACCGACCAUCCCUCACUCCUCGUGGACGGGUGGUGGGAACGCCCUUCCCAAGGUAGCACCGGAACUGUACAGUGUUGGAGAGCCACUGACCCCUUUUUCGCUCAUCUUGGCUGGAGGAUGGAGACGCUCAACCAUUUUCCCAACAUCGUAUCUGCACCGGACGGCGUUGGAGGGAGGCCGACUGCCCAUGGUUCGUCUCGGCUGCAUUAUGGAGACGCUCAAUGAUUUUCCCAACGUCGUAUCUGCACCGGACGGCUUUGGAGAGAGGCCAACUGCCCAUGGUUCCUCUCGGCUUGAUUAUGGAGACGCUCAACGGUUUUCCCAAAGUCGUAUCUGCACCAGACGGCUUUGGAGAGAGGCCAACUGCCCAUGGUUCCUCUCGGCUUGAUUAUGGAGACGCUGAAUGGUUUUCCCAAAGUUGUAUCUGCACCAGACGGCUUUGGAGAGAGGCCGACUGCCCAUGGUUCGUCUCGGCUGGAUUAUGGAGACGCUCAUUGGUUUUCCUAACAUAGUAUCUGCACCGGACGGCGUUGGAGAGAGGCCGACUGCCCAUGGUUCGUCUCGGCUGGAUUAUGGAGACGCUCAACGGUUUUCCCAACAUCGUAUCUGCACCAGAUGGCUUUGGAGAGAGGCCGACUGCCCAUGGUUCAUCUCGGCUGGAUUAUGGAGACGCUCAACGGUUUUCCCAAUGUCGUAUCUGCACCAGACGGCUUUGGAGAGAGGCCGACUGCCCAUGGUUCGUCUCGGCUGGAUUAUGGAGAUGCUCAAAACUCUACCCAGAGUGGUGUUGAAUGGAACCCAACCGUUCUUCAGUCCUUUGGGGCGUAAGGCGAAGGAACCAGCGUCUUUCCUGGUGUGGCAUUGGUAGUCCAGGACGUUUGAGAGAAGCCAACAGUUCUUCACUCAUGACCGAGAAGCCAGCCCCCCCCGCAUCCACCCACCCACCACUAUUGGAGAGGAAACCACCUGCCCCACAGAGGCCAGAAACGGGGGAAAGUUACACCUGGAAAUUGUUUUUUUUCGUGGGGGGGGAAUUCAACUCGAUUUUUUUCCAAGCCAAACUUUGAAUGUAACGACGACUCGAGAUUCAGUUUUUUUCGGGGUUGGGGAGGGUCAGGAAUGCGGGGGGGGGGUCGUAAUUUUUUUUUAACAACUAAGAGACAUUUUUUGUGGGGGGGGAGGGGUGGAAUGGGAAAAUUGUUUUAAAAAAAACAACAAAAAACCAGGCGCGUUGCAUGUUCCAAUCCCGAUAAAGAAAAACGGUGACACAAAAAAGAAAGGAAUGAGAAAAAAGAACGAAAGGAGGGAAAAAGCAGAUGGGAUGGAAUUGAUCUAUUCCCUUAACCCCUCUCCCCAUCUCUAUCUCCGCCGGCCACUUUUUCCUUCACUCUUUCCAGCCGGCCAAGAGUCUCCUCUCCACUCCUCCGCUACAUGCUUUUUCCUUCUGUUCUUCCUCCCAGGCCUCUCUCUCUUCCUCCGCUGGCUCGUUUUCCCCUUCUCUCGUUGCCGCUCGCUGACUGUCGGUGCCAAAUCCCCAGCUUCCCCCCACCUCUGCCCCUGCCCCAGAAACGAGGGAACGAACAAAUGAAAAAGUGCCAAACAACCUGGGGGAUAUUUGUAUCGCCUGCGGGAGGGGGAAGGGGGCUGUGAAUCGCCAGCUACCCCCAUAGAGGGGUGUCUCCGAGGGAGGGCAGUUGCUGGGGGGCAGUCUGCAGGGGGAGAGGGGAGCUGUGUUUGGGGGUGAAGGUGGGUAUAAGACCCCCACGGAUCAAAGAAAGGUUAACCUAUGUUGGAGCCCUGAGCUAGCCCCCCAUCAGCUCUUUCGAGCCAUCUGUUGGCAUUGUACGCACAUAUCUCUCUACCUGUCUGUCCGUCCGCCCCGGUACAUAUCUACCGGUCUGUCUGUCCGCCCCGGUACAUAUCUACCUGUCUGUUUGUCCAUCCCCGUACAUAUCUACCUGUCUGUCCAUCCAUCCCCGUACAUAUCUACCUGUCUAUCCACGCAUCCCCGUACAUAUCUAUCUGUGUGUCCGUCCAUCCAUCCCGGUACAUAUCUACCGGUCUGUCUGUCCAUCCCCGUACAUAUCUACCUGUCUAUCCAUGCAUCCCCAUACAUAUCUACCUGUCUGUCCGUCCAUCCCGGUACAUAGCCACCUGUCUGUCUGUCCGUCCUGGUACAUAUCUACCUGUCCAUCCACGAAUCCCCGUACAUAUCUGUCUGUCUGUCCGUCCGUCCCCGUACAUAUCUACCUGUCUAUCCACGAAUCCCCGUACAUAUCUGUCUGUCUGUCCAUCCGUCCCCGUACAUAUCUACCUGUCUAUCCAUGAAUCCCCGUACAUAUCUACCGGUCUGUCCGUCCGUCCCCGUACAUAUCUACCUGUCUAUCCACGAAUCCCCAUACAUAUCUACCGGUCUGUCCGUCCGUCCCCCUACAUCUCGCGCUCUCUCUCUCUCUCUCUCGCUCUACCUCCCUCCCCAUCCACCCCCUCUAUCCAUCUAUUUCUCUAUCACCCUAAUUAGAGGCUCAACUUAAAUGUACACCCCAAACUAAAAAAAUGAGUAAGAAAACCCAAAAAGAGCCACCUGGCUAAACCAGUAGACGAAGCAGUGAGAGGCAGAGAGGCAUCCUUUAAAAAGUGGAAGUUAAAUCCUAGUGAGAAAAGAACAGGAGGACUUGUGGCACCUUAGAGACUAACCAAUUUAUUUGAGCAGAAGCUUUCGUGAGCUACAGCCCACUCCAGAAAGGAGCAUAAACACUGGCAAAUGAAGUGUGUAAAUACCAUUAGGAAGGCCAAAAAAGAAUUGGAGGGACAGCUAGCCAAAGACUCAGAAAGUAAUAGCAAAAAAAAAUUUUAAGUACAUCAGAAGCAGGAAGCUGCUAAACAACAAGUGGGGCCCCUGGAUGAUCGAGGUGCUAAAGGAGCAAUCAAGGACAAUAAGGCCAUUGCGGAGGUCUCUAAAAUCAUGACUGGUGUAGAGAAACUAAAGAAGGAUGUGUUAUUUACUCCUUCUCAUAACACAAGAACUUGGGGGGUCACUCAAUGAAACGAAUAGACAGCAGGUUUAAAACAAAUAAAAGGAAGUAUUUCUUCCCACAACGCACAGUCAACCUGGGGAACUCCUCGCCAGGGGAUGUUGUGAAGGCCAAGACUGUAACAGGGUUCAACAAAGAACUGGAUAAGUUCCUGGAGGACAGGUCCAUCAAUGGCUAUUAGCCAGGCUGGGCAGGGAUGGUGUCCCUAGCCUCUACUUGCCAGCAGCUGGGAAUGGUCGACGGGAUGGAUCACUUGAUGAUUCCCUGUUCUGUUCCUUCCCUCUGGGGCACCUGGCAUUGGCCACUGUCAGCAGACAGGACGCUGGGCUGGAUGGACCUUUGGUCUGAGCCAGUAGGGCCGUUCUUACGUUCUUCAGUUCUAUCUGUCCAUCCCUAUACACCCCCCUCUAUCUAUCUAUCCCUAUACACCCCCUCUCUCUAUCUAUGGGUCAUGGAGUCCCCAGGCCAUGCUCUGGAACUGCUCCCUACGAAGCCAGGCAGGACUCUGGGGAGUCUCCUCUUCUGGGAGCAGCCUGUCUGCAGGACACCCAGCUCACACAACUUCCACCUUCCUGGGUCUGACCUCGGAGCAACCAGCCUCCUCCUGCCCCUCCGUGCGCUUCCCACAGCGAGUCCACCCGGGUGGGGUCCUGGGGCAGCCAGAGGGUCCUGCCCCCCAACUCCGCAGUCAGACGGGACUCUCAGCCAGCCAGUAACACAGAAGGUUUAUUAGACGACAGGAACAUGAUCUAACACAGAGCUUGUAGGUGCAGAGAACAGGACCCCUCAGCUGGGUCCACUUUGAGGGGCACUGGCCCCCCAGGGCUCGGCAACAAUCACACCCCCCCCUUAUCCCACCACCUCGAGACUUAAGAAAUGCUGAGGGGAAACUGAGGCACCCCUACAGCAUUCAGAGAGAACAUUAAGAACAGCCCCCCUUCGUCACACCGUCUAUCUAUCUCCACCCCCCCGUCUAUCCCCAUCCACCCCCUCUAUCUAUCUUUCUCCAUCCACCCCCUCUAUCUAUCUAUCUAUCUAUCCAUCCAUCCAUCUAUCCCCAUCCACCCCUUCUCUCUAUCCAUACACCCAUUCCUCUAUCUAGCUAGCCAGCCAGCCAGCCCUCCCCAUGAAUAUCUGUGCAUUACCAUCUCUCUCUAGGUAAACCCCCCCCCCCCCCAUACACGUCUUUCUUUCCUUCCCAUCUCCAGGUCUCCCCCUCUCUCCACCUCCCAUGCUGGGCUGCGAGAUGGAGGCGCGGUACCCGGGGACCCCCGACGCCCGCCUCCCAGCGCCCCUUCCCGUCCCUCUCCGCCCUGGCGCCGACCAGAGACAGCCCGAGAGCAGACGGGGGCCAGGAGGGGGGCGAACGCCUCCGUCUAAGGAGCACAGUGGUGUUCGCCUCCCCCGCCUGUCUCUCUUUGCUUCCCGUUGGCUGGGGGGGCGGGCAGGGGGGGUUAAUACCUCUCCAGCGGGGAUUUCGUUUGUUCAAUCCAGUUUGUGAAACUUGUGCCAAACUCAGCAACUUUUGGGGUGGCCGGAGGGGGGGGGUCUGUUUUCAGCAGAGGUGGGGGUUGUUUUUUUCUGGAGGGGGUUGGCUGGGCCUGGUGCCAUCUACCCCAGAGCUGAAUUCAGCUGCUUUUCCGGCAUCCCGACGGCACGCUCCCGACCGACCCCCCCCCCCCCGGCCAUGGCCUUAUGCUGGUGCCAAAUGACACUUACUGCCCCCCCGUUCCGCUCUUGCACGCCCAGCGGUCCUGUCUUUGCCGGACACGGCACUCGUUCGGUUUGGAAAUCCAAGAUGGCUGCCCAGGCGGUGAAAUCCAAGAUGGCCACCAAUGGGGCCCAAACCCCAGAGGGUCGCCAGGGUGGUGAAAUCCAAGAUGGCUGCCCGGGAGGUGAAAUCCAAGAUGGCCACCAAUGGGGCCCAAACCCCAGAGAGUCCCCAGGGUGGUGAAAUCCAAGAUGGCUGCCCGGGCAGUGAAAUCCAAGAUGGCCACCAAUGGGACCCAAACCCCAGAGGGUCGCCAGGGUGGUGAAAUCCAAGAUGGCCACCAAUGGGGCCCAAACCCCAGAGGGUCACCAGGGUGGUGAAAUCCAAGAUGGUUACCCAGGCAGUGAAAUCCAAGAUGGCCACCAAGGGGGUCGAACCCCAGAGGGCAGCCAGGGUGUUGAAUUCCAAGAUGGCUGCCCCUGGCCUGAAAUCCAAGAUGGCUCCCACUGCGGUGAAAUCCAAGUUGGCCACCAGUGUGCCAAAAUCCAAGAUGGCUGCCUGGGCGGUGCAAUCCAAGAUGGGCCACUUGUACGCUGCGAUCACAGAUGGGGGCCCUGUUUCUCAAACCCAAGAUGGCCGAGGCCGGGCAGUGUUCUGAAUUCCAAGAUGGCCGCCAAUGAGGGACUUCCUUUUCCUAACUCCAAGAUGGCUGCCGGUGGGGAGGGGGCCCUUCCUGAGUGAACAGCCAACCUGGCUGCCCGCGGCGCAUUUCUGGCCGGCUGUGGGCCUCGUGGCCCCCUCAAAGGCCAAUCCAGCCCCCCGCGGGCCGUCCUUGGUCUCCCAUCAAAGAUGGCCGCCGAUGGGCUCUUGUCAUUCUCACGUUCAACAUGGCUGCCGGGGGGGGAGGGGGGCCUUUCCCUGGCCGGCCGGCCGCCAUCAUGGCCACUGCCCCAGCCCUUUGCCUGGCCUACCGUCAAGAUGGCUACCACGGCAACCCCUUCCCCGGCCUACUGCCAAGAUGGCCGUCCUCCUCGGCCUACAACCAAGAUGGCCGCCAGGAAUGCCAACCCCUCCGCCCCUCGCCAGGGCCUCCCCACCAGGAUUCAGAGUGUCUAUUUUUAUUCCUGAGACUCCAGGGAGGAGGAGCUAUUUUGGGGGGACACCCCAGUCGGCCCCCUCCACCCCCCCGCCAGCAAGAGACCCCGAGACUUUGGACACCCCCCCGCCCCCAAACCAGGAUCGAGGGAGACGAGAGACACGACAAAGGGACCUUUUUUUGUUUGUUUUGCAGGGACUGUACGGUUCGUGUCUCCGCCGCCCACCCCCGCCAGCGCGGACCGUGGGGGGCGGAGCCGUGGGGCGUGGGGGCGGAGCCGUGGGGCGCAGGGAGCUGUACACAUUUUUAAAACAUUGCAAGAAAUGAAACUUAUUGUAAAUAUAAAACCAAAAAAGUUUAA